UUUUGAAACAGCGAUAAAAUGGCGAUAAAAAUGGCAAUGACUAUUUAUUCGAUUCGUUACGUACAAAUGUAUUGAAUGUAUCAAGUGAUCGUUUUACGAAAAUUUCAAGAUUAUAUUUCAGGAAAAUACGAGAGUAACGGACAAUCAUCUCGCGGAUAUUAUUUUCCUCUCUCAAAAUCGACUGUCGAGCAUAAUUGUACAUAAUUCACGUGAUAUCAGAUGACCUACAAGGAGUUGGCUUGUAAAGAUGAAAAGAAAAAGGAGUUUAAGUCGACAAGAAUCUAGAUAUACUUACAAUAGUCCAUUAAAUGUUUUUAGGAAAAGUGUGGUGAAUCUCACUAGCUUGAUAGACGAUAAGGUACACGAGAAGAAUAAGAGGUUAUCUGGUGGAAUGCAAAAGUUGAGUAAACAAAAUGCAGCGGACUCCUCUAAAAGAAAAUCUUCACGAAAUAGUGUAAUUGUCAUCAAUGACAGUGACAGUGAAAGAGAUGAUAGAAAUCAAGAUGCCUCGCUCAGCGUCAUUGAAUGUAGCUCAAUACCGACUUCGCCUUUUCAGCAAAAUAAAAAACUGAAAACUUUUACCAAGAAAAACACAAAUAAAUCGUCCGUAAUGUCAUUAGAUAAUGAUUCAUCUAUACUUUGUUUGACAGAUACACAGGAAUGUUUAAAUGGAGAAAAUAUAGCACCAUCACAAACAGAGGAUGAUGUGGUUGAGUUAUGGUCAUGUUUGAAUUCAUUAAAUAUGAGUAAAAACAAGAAAAAAAAAAGGAAGAAAAAUGCAAAUAAAAAUAAAGAUGUGAGACAUAAUCCUGAUGAGACAAAUGGGAUGUUUGUGAUAGAUACAACACCAAAUUUGAAGUAUCUCAAAUUUUUAAGAGAUACAGAUACAUCCGAAUAUCAAUGGAAAAGAAAAAGGAAACAAGAUCUAUCUUAUAACAAAACUAUAGUUAAAUCGUUCGUCAAACCCAUUAAGCAAAGUACAUUGAAAUGUUCAGAUAACAGUCAAAGAAAAAGGCAACGUAACAAUAAUUGGAAUUCAAAUCCCACAAAAUUGAAUGUAUGUUACAGUAACAAAUUGCGAAAAGAAGCAGAGGAAACUCAGACAAAUUCAGAUGAAAAUAGUAGAACAAAUUCAAAAUAUAAAUUAAGAGAGAUAAUUGUUGACGGUUGCAAUGUGGCAAUGAACCACACACAAGGUAAAGAAUUCUCAGAAAAAGGUAUCCAAAUAGUGGUAAAUUAUUUUAAAGAGAGGGGUCAUGUCAUAAAAGUUUUCUUACCACAACACGUUCGUAGAAAGGAAUAUACAUUUCUUGAGCAAUUAUACAAAGAGGGCACAGUCAUUUUUACACCUAGCCGCAAAAUUGGUGGUAGACAAAUUACAUCUUACGACGAUCGAUUCAUCUUGAAGUAUGCGACAACGUGUGGAGGGAUAGUGAUUUCCUCGGAUCAAUACAGAGAUUUGUAUAGAGAGAAACCGGAAUGGCGUAAUACUAUUCUGAACCGUUUAUUGAUACCCACCUUUGUCGGGGAUUACAUCAUGUUUCCGGAAGAUCCGUUAGGCAAAUUUGGACCUAAUCUCGAGAGAUUUUUGCGACAUUGAUACAAUUAUAAUGUUACCAUAAAUAUUAUUCUCAGGGAAUGGAAGUAAUUAGUUACUUGCAACGCCGGUACUUUUCUUACCGUUAUUCUGUUAUAAUAACAAUUUGAUAGUGACGAAUUUUUACAGAUAAAGUAACCGAAUAGUAACUCUUCCAUUCCUUAAUUAUUCUAAUUUGAAUAUCAGGACUGAUUAAUGUUUUGUUAUUAAAAAAUUGUGA